AUGUCUUCAUUGUUUCUCCCGCGGUCUCUUCCAUCAGAUCAUGUGUAUAAAGCCAUCAAUGUAUUACCUAUAACAACUCAUCCAAUGACUCAGUUUACAACUGGUGUCCUGGCUCUUCAGGUUAGCUUUUUCAUAUACUGGGAGCCGACAUUUGAGGACUCUCUUUCAUUGAUUGCUCAACCACCAGUUGUAGCUGCAUAUACAUACCGUAGGAUAUACAAAAAUGGAGAAAUUGUAUCAGCGGAUGACUUGUUAGAUUAUGGUGCAAAUUUUGCGCAUAUGCUUGGAUUUGAUAGUCCAGCCAUGCAAGAGCUUGAGGCUUUAUGUCACUAUCCAUACGAUUAUGAAAUCUUGAUUUAUUGUAGUGACCAUGAAGGUGGAAAUGUCAGUGCUCAUAUUGGACAUCUUAUGGUUGAUAGAUUAGAUGAAGGGAUUAUUUCACCGGAUCUUGGCGUACUUGAUUAUGAAGGGCUUUAG